UCCGGUGCUCUCUUUCGCUGGGUCGCUCGGGUCGGCUUCGGUCGCUGUCGCUCCCGCUCUCCCACCCCCGCCAACCGCCGCUCGGGCCUCUGCCGCUGCCGCGUCGCUUCCUCGAUCCCUCGAUCGCACAUCCGCCCCAAUGCAGCGCCGGGACGACCCCGCCGCGCGCAUGAGCCGGUCCUCGGGCCGUAGCGGCUCCAUGGACCCCUCCGGUGCCCACCCCUCGGUGCGUCAGGCGCCGUCUCGGCAGCCACCGCUGCCUCACCGGUCCCGGGGAGGCGGAGGGGGGUCCCGGGGGGGCGCCCGGGCCUCGCCCGCCACGCAGCCACCACCGCUGCUGCCGCCCUCGGCCACGGGUCCCGACGCGACAGUGGGCGGUCCAGCACCGACCCCGCUGCUGCCCCCCUCAGCCACUGCCUCCGUCAAGAUGGAGCCGGAGAACAAGUACCUGCCCGAACUCAUGGCCGAGAAGGACUCGCUCGACCCGUCCUUCACUCACGCCAUGCAGCUACUGACGGCAGAAAUUGAGAAGAUUCAGAAAGGAGAUUCAAAAAAGGACGAUGAGGAGAAUUACCUGGAUUUAUUUUCUCAUAAGAACAUGAAGCUGAAGGAGCGGGUACUGAUACCCGUCAAGCAGUAUCCCAAGUUCAAUUUUGUGGGGAAGAUCCUCGGGCCACAAGGGAAUACAAUCAAAAGACUGCAGGAAGAGACUGGUGCAAAGAUCUCUGUGUUGGGCAAGGGCUCAAUGAGAGACAAAGCCAAGGAGGAAGAGCUGCGCAAAGGUGGAGACCCCAAAUACGCCCACUUGAAUAUGGAUCUGCAUGUCUUCAUUGAAGUCUUUGGACCCCCAUGUGAAGCUUAUGCUCUCAUGGCCCAUGCUAUGGAGGAAGUCAAGAAGUUCCUAGUACCAGAUAUGAUGGAUGAUAUCUGCCAGGAGCAAUUUUUAGAGCUUUCCUACUUGAAUGGAGUACCGGAGCCCUCUCGCGGACGUGGGGUGCCAGUGAGAGGCCGAGGAGCUGCACCUCCUCCUCCACCUGUUCCCAGGGGCCGUGGUGUUGGACCACCUCGGGGGGCUUUGGUACGUGGUACACCUGUGAGAGGAGCCAUCACCAGAGGUGCCACGGUAACUCGAGGAGUGCCGCCCCCACCUACAGUGAGGGGUGCUCCAGCACCCAGAGCACGGACAGCAGGCAUCCAGAGGAUACCUUUGCCUCCGCCCCCUGCACCAGAAACCUAUGAAGAAUAUGGGUAUGAUGACACAUAUGCAGAACAGAGUUAUGAAGGCUACGAAGGCUAUUACAGCCAGAGCCAAGGGGACUCAGAAUAUUAUGACUAUGGACAUGGGGAGGUUCAGGAUUCUUACGAAGCUUAUGGCCAAGACGACUGGAAUGGGACCAGGCCAUCGCUGAAGGCCCCUCCAGCUAGGCCGGUGAAGGGAGCAUACAGAGAGCACCCAUAUGGACGUUAUUAAAAACAAACAUGAGGGGAAAAUAUCAGUUAUGAGCAAAGUUGUUACUGAUUUCUUGUAUCUCCCAGGAUUCCUGUUGCUUUACCCACAACAGACAAGUAAUUGUCUAAGUGUUUUUCUUCGUGGUCCCCUUCUUCUCCCCACCUUACUCCAUUCUUAACUCUGCAUUCUGGCUUCUGUAUGUAGUAUUUUAAAAUGAGUUAAAAUAGAUUUAGGAAUAUCGAAUUAA